GUGUGUUGCGGUAGUAAGUUGAUCGCAUGCUAUUGCUUCUGCUACUACACGGUCUAUGGACAGUAACGUUUUAGCUACAUUGUGUCAUGUCAUGAUUAUGCCCGCGGUAAAACACGGAUAGAUAAAUCGAUAUGGUGUUACCAAAAUAACCGGUUAGUUUGACUUGCAUGUGGUAGGUGUUACAGUUCAAGGGCAACCAAUUUACGCUGUACUACUGUAUUACGCUGUAGUGCAACAACUUGAAAUGAUUGUCUGACAUUCGCUCACAUAUUGAGUGAAAGGAUGCUGAAAGCAUUUCUAACAGCAGCCCGCGGGCCUACGGUCUGCUUGGGUCGGUGUUUCAGUAGUGAAGUGAGUGGUGCAGUUUCCAAGUUAGCCGGGUUCUCCUCUCCACCAUUCUCAACGGAGGCUUCACUCUAUGUGCACUGGCCCUACUGUCUGAAGAGAUGCUCCUACUGUAACUUCAACAAGUACAUCCCUCGCUCUGACAACCAGGACGUCAUGUUGGAGUGUCUCCAGCGGGAGACCGAGACCUUACUAAAGCUCAGCCAGGUGUCCCGUAUCACCUCCGUGUUUUUUGGAGGCGGGACUCCCAGCCUGGCCCACCCCGCCGCCAUUGCUGCGGUCCUGGAGACGGUUGCCAGGCACGCUGGCCUAUCAGAGGAGGCGGAGGUCACUCUGGAGGUCAACCCCACCCCCAUAGGAAGCUCUAAGUUGGAGAACUUCCUCCAUGCUGGCGUCAACCGUUUUUCCAUCGGAGUGCAGUCUCUCCGGGACGACGACCUGAAGGUUCUGGGGAGAGACCAUAACACUCAGCAUGCUUUACAGACCAUAGCGGAGGCUCGGAGGCUCUGCCCGGGCAGGGUGUCGGUCGACGUCAUGUUCGGACGUCCUGGUCAGAGCGUUGCAUCCUGGGAGUUGGAAUUGGAUGAGCUGCUGUCGGUGUGUGAUGACCACGUCUCCCUGUACCAGCUGACCCUGGAGAGAGGCACACAGCUCUUCAGCCAGGUUCAGAAAGGCCAACUGAGCGUGCCCAGUGAUGACAUCACAGCUGUCAUGUAUGAAUCUGCCAGGAGGAUUCUUCAGAAUAGAGGCUAUCUGCAGUAUGAGGUGUCCAACUUUGCAAGAAAUGGUGCCAUCAGCAAACACAAUAUGAGCUACUGGAAGGCCAGUCAGUACCUUGGAGUGGGCCCUGGAGCCCAUGGUCGCUUCGUCCCCCAUGGAGAGGGGGGUGUAUGUCGAGAGGCCCGUACCCAGACUCUGGAGCCUGAUGUCUGGGUGAGAGAGGUGCAGCAGAGGGGUCACGGGACUCGACGCAGGAUACCCCUCACCCACCUGGGACUAUUGGAGGAAGUGUUGGUCAUGGGACUGCGUUUGAUUGACGGCAUCACUCACCAGCAUUGGCAGUUGUUCAGUCCCAGGGCAGAUCUACACCAGAUUCUCAGCUCAUCCUCUGAAGUACAAGACCUUCAACAGACAGGCCUUCUAAUCCUGGAUGACAGGGGUCUGCGGUGCUCGUGGCAGGGUCUGGCCUUAAUGGACAGCAUGUUACCCACCCUGCUACUGGAGCUGGAGGCCCACAUCACCCAGGGGCUCCAGCAGCAGGCCAGGGUGUCUGGAGGCCCACAUCACCCAGGGGCUCCAGCAGCAGGCCAGGGUGUCUGGAGACCCACAUCACCCAGGGGCUCCAGCAGCAGGCCAGGGUGUCCAGCGUAGGAGACCAGAGAGAUGGAGGACGGAGAGUCUCCAAGCCUGGCUGACAGAGAGGGGGGAGAGAGAGAGAUCCUGGAGAGUUACCUGGAAGCCACUAUGAGACUGGAGCGUAUUGUUGAAGCCUGGAGACAGCACCACAACACUGUAGACUGGAGCGUAUUGUUGAAGCCUGGAGACAGCACCACAACACUGUAGACUGGAGUGUAUUGUUGAAGCCUGGAGACAGCACCACAACACUGUAGACUGGAGUGUAUUGUUGAAGCCUGGAGACAGCACCACAACACUGUAGACUGGAGCGUAUUGUUGAAGCCUGGAGACAGCACCACAACACUGUAGACUGGAGCGUAUUGUUGAAGCCUGGAGACAGCACCACAACACUGUAGACUGGAGCGUAUUGUUGAAGCCUGAAGACAGCACCACAACACUGUAGACUGGAGCGUAUUGUUGAAGCCUGAAGACAGCACCACAACACUGUAGACUGGAGCGUAUUGUUGAAGCCUGAAGACAGUACCACAACAUAGGGAAAAGGAUGCCAUUUGGAAUGCACACAAUAUCAGCUGUGUCUAUGUAGUGUGGGUUGCCGUCUCUCCAUGUCUCCGUCUCUCCAUGUCUCCGUCUCUGUCUCUCCAUAUCUCCGUCUCUCCAUGU